AUGUCUCCUAACCCAAAAAAACUGCGCCUACGUGAUUGGCUAAUCCAGCAAGCCAAUAAGAACGAGGGAGCGUCAUACUAUGACGACAGAGAUAGAAAUCUUAUUAAAAUUCCUUGGGUGCACGGAUCGAAGAAACAUUGGGACUCUAACGUUCACUGCCGGAUCUUUAAGCUGUGGGCUGAGUAUUCCGGUCGGUUUAUUGUUAUUAUUAUUAUUAACAAAAAAGAUCCAAAAAUAUGGAAAUCCAACUUCCGCUGCGCCCUCAAUAGUUUGAGUGACGUCAAAGAGGUGAAAGAGUUGAGCCGAAUUCAAAAUGGCGUCGAAGGCUACAAAGUUUACAAAAUCAUAAAAGGUAGGAAAAGUAGUAACCAUAAUAAUAAUAAUAAUAAUGCGUAA